CUGUCAUUCGCAAGGAAGGAAAGCCCAUCGUUGCUGAUUACUACUCCUACUCAGCAAUCAUCAGCAUCUUGUUACAGUUCCUACUCAGGCAACUUUGGAGCAGCGGCCGCCGACGCCGUGUUCGUGAAAAUGUGCAAGAAAGCCAUCCGAUACGCCGUGGUGGACGCCUUCGCGACCGAGCCGUUCAAGGGCAACCCCGCCGCGGUGUGCCUCCUCGACGACGACAACGCCGCGGACGAGCGGUGGAUGCAGUCCGUCGCCACCGAGUUCAACCUCUCCGAGACCGCCUUCCUCGUCCGCGACUUGUCCCGGCCCGCCAGCGCCGCGCCGCUCUUCCACCUUCGAUGGUUCACCCCCGUCACCGAGGUCGACCUGUGUGGGCACGCGACGUUGGCCUCCGCCCACUUCCUCUUCACGGCCGUUCUGCCGGAGCAUGGCAUGAUCGAGUUCAUGACCAAAUCCGGCAUCCUGACUGCGAAGAAAGUUCCUGCGCCAGGGGGCGCAGGCGAGGCCCACGGGAAGCUGUUUAUUGAGCUGAAUUUCCCCAUGAUUGAUUUCCUGGACUGCAACGAGAUGCCGUCGAUUCCAGAGACCCUAAACGGCGCACCAGUGGUCAGUGUUCACAAAUCGGCGGCCGACGGUGAUCUCAUUGUGGAACUUUCUUCAGCAAAAGAGGUUGCCGACAUCCUUCCUAACAUCGAAGAAAUUAAGAAGUUGUCAUGUGGUGGUAUCAUGGUUACAGGACCGGCACCUGCUGGAUCUGGUUAUGACUUCUUCACACGUUUAUUCUGCCCGAAAUUUGGGAUGGAUGAGGACCCUGUUACUGGCAGUAUACAUUGUGUAUUGGGACCCUUUUGGGGUAGAAAGCUUGGGAAGCAAAAACUGACGGCAUUUCAAGCAUCUCCAAGGGGUGGAACGCUAUACCUGGAACUGGAUGACGCAAAUCGGCGAGUGAAAAUCCAAGGAGAAACCGUUACUGUCAUGUCCGGGACACUCCUGGUGUAAUAUGCAUGCUGCUUGAAAACUUUCAGGCCUCCUUUGGUUUAGAGGAAUUUCAUAGGAAUUCUAGAGGAUAGGAUUUUUUUCUUUAGAGCCCUUUGGUUCAUAGGAAUGGAUUCCUAUUCCUAUAUAGGAUUGGUUUCUAUCCUCCACAUUUCAUAGGAAAAUAAAAAAGAGCCUAGACUCAAUGGAAAAAUUCCUUUGGUGUCAACCAAAUGACAUCUUGUUUCUUAUUCCUACUCAUAGGAUUUGAGAUACAUGUCAUCUCAUUCCUACAAGAUUCCUAUUCCUAUAAUAAUCCUAUCCUAUGAACCAAAAGAGGCCUCAGUGGUUUUUUGAGGGUCACUACGCCGGUCGUGUAUGAUCUGAACCUAACACAAUGGAUGCUUAAAAUAUACAUCGACAUAAUUGCAGUUAUGGCAGAUAGAUAUUA